GAAGCAAAAAGUCCCGUCGUUCAUCGUUCGGUCGUACGCCUCUGUUUCUACCCAGUGAACGCUCUCGGUCGGCUAGUGGUCGCUAUUUUCUGCAAAUUUUCCCCGAAAAAAGUGCAUUUUUCUUUGCUAAAUUUACGCCAAAGUGAUAACAAUCGAUUGUGGAACCGAUUAGCCGUGUUGAUUUGCUGCUUACUGUUGAUUUCGAGCGCUUUUUCGGUACUUUUCAGUACAUCCUGUCUGCUUCGCUGAGCGCUGAUAUAUAUAUUUUUUAUGUUUCAUUCUCUCAUCGGUGGGUGCUAAGUGCAAGUAUAGAGUGCUACUCAAAGCUCGUCCGUAAAAUCUCCUCACAACGACGACGGUCGGACGGAAACGGGUUCUUGGUGCGUGUGUUUUGAAUCAUAUUUUCCCUGUUCCCGAAAAAUCAGUGCUAGUCGGUCAAAAACAAACAACGAGCUUGCUACCUGUUAGUGAAGAGUGUGUUGCACAGCGAAGAAGAGAGUAGUGGUCAAAAAUUUCGUCUGCCUCGGAUUAAUCAUCAUCCACCUCGACGGGUUGCAGCAGCGGAAAUACGAUUAAUAAUCUGUUCAUCGCCUCUAGUAGCUGCAGCACACAGUACCAUAUAACGCUAUAACCGUCCGAGCGUAGGCACGGCUUCCAGCGAGAGAGGGCACCCACCAAGCUAUGGCCAGACGCUAUGCUUGAACGUGUCCGAAUCGGUGGUUUCAGUGGAACGUACAAAGUAAGAAGUGCCGAGCUGGCGCGCGACAAGAAAUCCCAAACCAAAGCGGUGACCGUCCUUUUCCUCGAUGAAACAACCCACACGUUCCAGCUAGAGAAGAAGGCCAAGGGAUCGGAUCUGCUCGAGCUGGUCUUUCAGCACCUGGAGCUCUCCGAGCGGGACUACUUUGGACUGCAGUUUCAGCCGAAAUGUGCCGCCACCAGCAGCAGCAGCAGCAGCAGCAGCAACAACAACAAGGGGGACAAGAAUGGAUCCAGUGGCACCGGCGGAGGUAGCGAAGGGGGAGCCAACUCGAUCGAGUCCGGUCGAUGGCUCGAUCCGAACAAACCAUUUCGGAAGCAAUGGAACGCGGUGCGCCUCUCGGGGGACCUCAGUCCGGUGCUUAUCUUUCGAGUGAAGUUUUACAUUACCGAUCCGAGCCGACUGUGCGAAGAGUAUACGAGAUAUCAGUUUUAUCUACAGAUAAGACGGGAUAUAUUUCAAGGAAAACUUCUGGUGGCACUGAACACCGCCUGUCUGCUCGCUAGUUAUACAGUGCAGUCUGAACUGGGCGAUUACAACCCACUGGAACACACUCAUGGUUAUCUCAGUGAUAUGCAGCUGCUGCCGGAGCAAAACGAAGAGACAGAACAUCGAAUAUCGGAACUGCACAAGCUUCAUCGGGGGCAGCUACCCGCGGAUGCCGAGUACAACUAUUUAGAACAUGCCAAACGGUUGGAUAUGUUCGGUAUAGACUUUCACAAGGCAACGGACUCGGCCGGAAAAGAUCUGAAGCUCGGUGUCUCCUCCAUAGGUUUACUAGUCUACCAAAACGGUAUUCGCAUCAACACCUUCUCCUGGUCCAAAAUGGUGAAGGUGUCGUUCAAACGGAAAGAUUUCUUCAUUCAGCUUCGACGGGAACUGUCCGAGAGCUACGACACACUGCUGGGCUUCAACAUGGGCGCUCAUCGCAAUGCAAAAUCACUCUGGAAAGCGUGUGUAGAACAUCACUCGUUUUUCCGACUGCAGAGACCGCACCGCUCACCACGAUUCCUGCCAUUAACCCUAGGUUCUAAGUUCCACUAUUCCGGCCGUACCGAACUACAAGCCGUCCAGGAAAGCCGGCACCGUAGCAAGGUGGCAAAAAUCUUCAUCCGUUCACCCAGUAAACGUCUGCUGACCGGUUCUCAACCCCAGUCACCACUACUGAAUGGUUCCGGCAAUGAGAGCACCAACGGAACCGCCGCCAACAAAAAUCAACUGUCGCUGCUGUCGUUGACCAAGGCCACUCGGACGUACGAUAAGGUCACAUCCAAGACUCCGUCGAUUCCGAGGAAGGCUUGGGAGCCACAGGCUGAUGAUCCUACUUUCAUCGAACACUGCGCCCGGACGUACGAUGCGCAGAUUCCGACCAUGUUCGAUUCCCCGCCGGCGUACAACGGCAUCAACAAUCCGGAAAACAGUGUACCCAAGGAGGAAGGUCUCGUCACGAUACGGUUGGUGGCCGACGAACAGGGUCGCUUCGGUUUCAAUGUUAAAGGCGGUGUGGAUCUGAACCUUCCGGUGCAGGUGUCCCGAGUGGCUCCGCAUACGCCGGCCGACAAGAGCACUCCCCGGAUCUGCGAAGGUGACCAGCUGGUGAUGAUCAACGGGCGCGACGUGGGCACCAUGAUGCACGAACAGGUUGUGAAUUUGAUCCGUGCCUCACGGCAGGGCGGCGAACUAAUGCUGACGCUGAAACCGAACGCCUUAGUCGACUAUACGGAGGAGGAACCACUGUAUCAGUACGUUCCGGAGGAGAAUGACAUCGUGCGGGGCGAACUGAACGGCGAUCAGUUGUUUACGCAGUCGUUGCUGCUGCUGAGCGACGGGCUGGCGUCCGGUUCGCUGCUGGCACAGUAUGAGCAGAUGUACAGGAAGAAUGCCGAUCUGGCAAUCACCGAGGCCAGGAAGAACGACAAUCUGAACAAGAACCGCUACAGGGAUAUUUCGCCUUACGAUUGCACCCGCGUGGUCCUGCUGAAUGCGGAAAGCGGUGACUACAUCAAUGCCAACUACGUCAACAUGGAAAUUCCCCCGACGGCGAUCAUCAACCGUUACAUCGCCACCCAGGGGCCCCUGUCGACCACGGUGAACGACUUUUGGCGGAUGGUGCAGCAGGAGAGCAGCCAUUUGGUGGUGAUGCUGACUACCGUCAUGGAGCGAGGCCGUCCCAAGUGUCACCAGUAUUGGCCUUCCGCAGACGAAGAACCGCUGCCCCUUUCGGCAGGAUUUUCCAUCAAAUGUCUCCACGAGAAACCGGACGAAACGGGAAGCUUCGUGUUUCGGGAUCUGGUGCUCACGGACGAGAAGACGAAUGAAACGAGAACCAUCCAGCAUAUGCAGUAUCUGGCCUGGCCAGACCAUGGCGUACCGGCCGAUCCGGAGUUGUUCCUUCAGUUUACAGAGAAGGUACGUGCCGCGCGGAAUACUACUCUGCUGCAGGAGAUCGAAGCCAGUUUGAAAAAUGUCAAAUUGCGGACAAUGGAUGAUAAUGGAGGUUUGGAUUCGUCGGAGCGACGCGUUGUGCACACGGAUAGCGAUGAAAGUCCAAACGACAUGCCCUCCUCCACUUCGGUGCAUCAAUACAUAAGUGCCGCUAAUCCACCCAUCAUCGUUCACUGCUCUGCUGGCAUUGGCCGAACGGGGGUUCUGAUCCUGAUGGAUACAGCGCUUGCGUUGAUGGAAGCCAAGGAACCCGUCUAUCCGCUGGACAUUGUACAGGCGAUGCGUGAUCAACGGGCUUGUAUGGUGCAAAACGUGAGCCAGUAUCGCUUCGUGUGCGAAUGCAUCUGUGCAGCGUACAGGAUGAUGGUAACCAAAGAGAUAGCGGAAGCCAGAACCACUCCUCCCCCGCCGACAGUGCUCAAAACAAUCUCAUCCAUCAACGGUACUGCACCGUUGGUUUCCUCCAGUGACGAUGAUUCCAGCUCUCCGCUGGAGGACGUCCCUCCAACAUCGCCGGAGCGCAAGGCUCCUCUGGCGGUGGAAACUACAAGCCUUACCACCACUACCACUACCCCCACGACCAACAACGUUACACCCACCAACGGCAACGAAGGUCCUGGUGCUACUGCCAUCAACGGGAAAGCCGCAGACACCUGACGAAUAGAAACGAUUGUCUAGGUUCCUUGUUUGUUUUUUUUCUUCAUUCGGACAAUUUUAUUCUCAUCGUCGGUCUUAUAUUUAAGUUUCAUUAUUGUUUAUCCCUUAAUAUCAUCCCCCUCACCUGAGAUAUACGAAAGUAAGCAGCUAUUAACACACCUACAAACAUAUUUAUCAAACGUAAUAUACCUAGUUUCUCAUCAGCAGUGCUUGUGGCCACGCGGGUCACUCCCACACGCAAAUGUAUCGCAUAUUAUUAGUGGUUAGGUAUCAACGUACAUUUUACUACAACUCAAUAUAUCAUUUAAUCUGUGCUAUUAAUGUAUCAACAACCGUAUGUUUCUCUCUCUCUCUCCAUAGUAGACUGUAAACAGCGAAGAGAACUUAGUUAUACAGAUUUGUCUAAACGUUCUUCCCCCAACCAUCCAUCCCAUCCGUUUGUGGUGUCAAUUCCUGAAAGUACACGUUCUGUCCAUGUUUUCUCACGAACGAUUUUUCGAUCUAGAUUUGAAUACGAAAUAAAAUAAAAACUGUUUGAAUAAUAAA